AGCAGUCCCCGGCCCGACCCGCAUCGAUCGGUCGGUCACUCUAGGCAACACACGCUCCGGAAGUGACAGCCUCUCCUUCUCAAGUUAUCAAGGGAAAUAGAGUCUUUCAAAAUUUCACCCUAGAGCAACAUAGAGCAAACUAGAGCACUGAGUCACACGCUUUGUGGUUAUAAAAGUCUAUACUUUGCUGAGAAUUAUUACGUCCGUAAACCACACGACCGACCUACGACAAAGGCACGCUCAACUUACACCCAAAAUGCCUCCGACCAUCAUCCUCAUCAGGCACGCCCAAGCCUUGCACAAUGUCGACAAAAACUACGAGAUCCCUGACCCGGAGCUCUCAGAGCUCGGCCGUCAGCAGUGCCAGCAGCUGAAGGAGAACCUGCGCGAGAAGCUCCCCAAGGACCUCGACGUGGGCCUCAUCCUGGUCAGCCCCAUGCGCCGCACCUGCGAGACGGCGAUGCUGGCCCUGGGCGACUGGGCCGCCGAGAGGGGCAUCCCCAUCGAGGCAAACGCCGACUGGCAGGAGAACUCGGCCAAGCCCUGCGACACGGGCUCGCCCGUCGCCGCCGUGGCCGCCGAGUUCCCCGCCAUCGACUUCAGCAGGGUCGACCCGGCCUACCCGGACAAGACAUCGCCCGCGGGGGAGAGGUAUUGGUACACCAGGCAGCACCUCCUCGAGCGCGCCCAGUCGUGCCUGCGCGACCUGCGCGCCCGCCCCGAGAAGGCCGUCGUCGUCGUCUCCCACUCGGGCUUCAUGCGCCUGGCGCUGACGGGCGACUGGUACUUCAACGCCGACUACCGCAUCUACGAAUUUGCUGAGGAGGAGGGCGGCGCGGGCACGGGCAAGCUUGCUCUGAAGCAGUGGGACCUCACCAGGGCCGGCCAUGGCGGCAUGGGCUGGAGCUUCGACGAGGUCUGCGAGCUCGGCUCCGGCCUCCCUGAGCAUGCGCUACCGCCUGGUGAGGAGGAGCCGCUGCCUGCUGGGCUCAGGCCCAACUGAGUGUUAACAGGAAGUUUACCACGUUGUCUCCCUCAUGGCCAACUCGGACCUUGGUCAUCUCAGCUGGGGCUCGCCUGCUUGGGACAGUUUUAGACUUGAGAAAUAGAUGUUAUAGACGUCUUCCGAAAUAGCACGCGGGCUCCACCCAGUUAAGUAAUUGAGUUUUGAUUGUUCCAA